CGCUACUGAGCAACCCUCAUAGGACUGAACGGUGCCCCGGUCCCGCCUGCGACGCUGUGUCCAGUCCGCUUUAAACAUCCAUGACCCCGGUUGAGUUUGAAACACAUGGAUAAAAUGUUAUGGUUCUACAUCAUGCAUACCGGUUGACACGUGUUUAUCGAGAUUGACUACACGGAGCUAAACAUGCUGAGUUUGCUAAAAAUAAUAUGGCUUCACUCCAGUUAACCAGCCGUAGGGCCCACGUACUUCAGCACUGGUCUGUCAACAUUUUAAGAGCAAGCAUGAGCAGCCUGGCUCAACACCAGCAUCUCCAUCCUAGUUGCCCUGACAAAACAACAGUCUCCAGUGAUUCAUCAGACACCCGUGAGCUAGCCAAGGAGCCUCUCCAAGGUCUAAAAUUGGCAUCACAUGCGGUGCUGGAGAAGGCGAAGGAGAGGGGCAGAUUAAUAUGCUCUAAAUGUGGAGGAUCAAGGAUGUUCUUCUGCUACACAUGCUGCUCAUUACUGGGUGUCAGCCAUCAAGAAAUCCCUGUGAUCAAGCUUCCUGUGAAGAUAGACAUCAUCAAGCAUCCCAAUGAGACGGAUGGAAAGAGCACUGCAAUCCAUGCCAAGAUCCUCGCACCCAGCGACGUCAACAUAUACACUUACCCCUGCAUACCUGACUACGAGAAGAACAAGGUGGUGUUGGUGUUCCCGGGUCCAGGGGCUGUCUCGGUUCUUGACAUGAUCCAGUGUUUGCACGACAUGACCGACAGCAGGUCACACGGCCCCUCUGGUGAACCCUGUAUAAAGAGGCUGAAAAGAGAGGAAGUGACAGGGGCCACGGACACUGCUGACAGCCCAGGGUCAGGGACCCCAGAUGAAUCAAAGGGCUUGGAGUCCAGGGCGUAUCCCUUACAGAGGGUGGUCUUCAUUGACAGCACAUGGAACCAGACCAACAAGAUCAGCACAGAUGAGAGACUGCAAGGUAUCCUCCGGGUGGAACUGAAGACGAGGAAAACGUGUUUCUGGCGGAGUCAGAGGGGCAAACCAGACACCUACCUAGCUACUAUCGAGGCGAUUUAUUAUUUUCUCAAGGACUUCCACAAGCAUUGCCUUGCUCAGGAGUACAAUGGAGAAUAUGAUAACCUUCUCUUUUUCUACUCGUACCUACACUCAGUUGUCAACAAAUCAAAACAAGAAAAGAAAGAUCAGCUGGAAAACGAGAAAGAGGAGAAAGCAGUUUAAAGAGACUUAGGAUCUGUAGCUGAGAAGUAGAUUUACCUGCAAGCUCAUUUGUGAUUUGUUUUAUUUAUUGCCGAGUGAUAUUUUGUUUUGUAAAUAUGAUUUGCUUAAGAAUAUGCAAUAAAACACAAAAAGAUUACAAUUGCCAA